UCACACUCCUCUAGCCUUGCUUUCUCUCUCGCUCUCUCUCGCUCUCCCUCAUCUCGUUGUUUCAGAGUACAGCCAAAUUUGAAGUCCUUCCCAGGGAGUGGCCCUGUUCAUCCUAUUCUCCAGCCAAAGUAGAAACAGCGUGAGAAGGAGAGAGGCACAUUCAGCAGCCAAAGGACUCGGUGGAAAGAGCAGAGGAAAAAUACACACCGUUAGAUAUGCUGCUCUUGGGACCCAGGGUGCUGCUGUUCCUGACCGCACUCAUCCUCCCCUCCGACUGGACACCACUAGGAGUCGGUGGUCAACGAGGAGAUGAUGUGACUCCAGCGACUCCAGAACCAUUCACAGAAGAUCCUAAUCUGGUGAACGAGCCCUCUACAGAUGAAACAGUUCUGGCUGAUAUCGAGCCUUCCACAGAUGACCUGGCUUCUCCUACUGAUAAAAAUACCACAACAGAUUGCCGGGAUGAAAAAUUCGCUUGCACGAGACUCUACUCUGUGCAUCGACCAGUCAAGCAAUGCAUUCAUCAGUUAUGUUUCACAAGUUUACGACGUAUGUACAUCAUCAACAAUGAGAUCUGCUCUCGUCUUGUCUGUAAAGAACACGAAGUUAUGAAAGAUGAACUUUGCCGUCAGAUGGCUGGUUUACCCCCAAGGCGACUCCGUCGCUCCAACUACUUCCGACUUCCUCCAUGUGAAAAUGUGAAUUUGCAGAGACCCAGUGGUCUGUGAUCAUCAAGGAAGAGGAAAGAAGAAUGCGUGGGUGGGUGGAAGAGAAUGCUCUAACAAGAGGGAACUCCUUCUUGUCCAACCAAUGUCCACUAACCCACAGACAGUAGUAUUUCUUAAAACAAUCCCUUUGCAGUGUCUAGCUUUUGCUUCCACUCCCUGAUUUUCCAUCCAGACUGAUAACAUAAAGUCUAUAUUAUUGCAUGGUUUUGCUGCUUCUCAAUAUCAUAGACAUAGAUUAAUGAUAACCAUGUGGCUUAUAUAUAAGCACUCUACAUACAAUUUCAAAGGAAAAUAAACCUUGGGUUAAUAUUUA